GUGACGUCACAAUUACCCACAGUGCUCCGCGCACAAUUUACUUUCCGUAAACCUCGCGAAGACUGACAGUCCCGUCCACUACAAUGGAUAAGGGCUGUCGACAGCCUCACGGAAUGACGAUGGGCUAGGUCACUGUUUGGUGUUCACAUCGGCCAGUGUGACCAGACUGUACAAACAGACAAGUGCUUCUUAACUUGCGAAUGUGCGUAGUCACGGAGGGAAAGAAUCGUGUCGACAAACCGUGGCACAUCUGGAGCGUCUGAGUCCACAUGGCGGACUGCUUCGGAAGUGAACACGGUAAUUUGAGCCUGAUAAGUUUUGAGAACAGUCAUGUCACCCAGCAAAUGUAAAUAUUUGUGUCAUCACUGCUAUGUCAAUAUUUUUGAAUACAAGUGUAGUCGUAAUCUAUUCAGAUGAUGCGGAUAUUUGAAGUGUUACCUUUCUUUCGUUAUAUAUUAUGCUUGUGGAUUCACGAAGUUAAGAGUAAAGAAACUCGAAAAGAUUGUAAUAAUGUAUGCCGGAGAUUUACAAUCAGCCCAGUGCCUUAAGUGGCCAGAGUCUCUGUCAGCAAGGUUAUACGUGUGUGAUCAUUCGUUACGAGAAAAAUAAUAACGCGAGGGUGUGUCAAACCUAACAGCAUGCAAGAGGAAACGAUGGCCACGACCACUUCAUGGAUUGCUGUAAAUGUGAUCGCGUUCCGCUGCAGCAGAUGAGAAUGGCUCGAGUUAAUGUGAAAUGAUUCUUUUGCAAAAACUGGAUAGACUGAGUUUGACUGAAACUGUUGAACGUUGCUGAACACACAUUUACAUGGGACGCUUUGUGAUGGCAAUUCUGCUGGAAUAUUCUAUGCACAAAAUGUCUGCUGUUACCAGACAAAGCAAUGGGUAAAUUAUGUUUCUAAAUUACGAACACUCUGCUGACAUUCGUCACUGUUGAUCUCAUUCUCUGCUGAUGACUGUUAUCAAAUAAUAAUAUGGCUUCAGCAAAAAAAUUGGCAACACAAGUGCGACGCACAUCGUCAAGUCCAAGCAAUCGACAGGUUUCACAAAUUUUUUAUUCAGUAUCACCUACACCUGCUAAUCGUCCAGAAAAAUGUGAUGAUGCUAUGCAAAAAUCUUCAUGUGCUGCUACAGGUUCUCAAGAAAAUGCAGUCACCAUUUCAGCACACCCAUGUACCCAGCAGCCAUCUCAGCUGUCACCUCAAGUUCACAUUUCUGAAAUUAGAAUUGAACUUGGGGCACCAGCAUGGGCAGAUGAAGCAGACAGUGACAGCUCCAGCAGCAGUGAUGGUGCAGCAACAGUGAAAGGUGUAGAGCAAACAACUCCUAAAAAAUGUCCGCCAGUGCCAGAAGCUGAUGUGCAAACAGACAGUGAAUCUAGUAGCAGCACUAAUGCUGAAAAUGGAACUAGUAAGCCUAGUUACAAAGAUGAAUUAGUAGACGCCAGCAAGCAGGAUCAAAGUAAAUGUCCAGCAGAGAUAAAGAUAGAACAACCAUCCCCUGUUUUGCUGCGAAGGUUUAAAAGUGCAUCAGUUAGGCCCACUACACCAGAGUCUCUUAGUCCACGGUCAUCCUUGCGAGAGCACACACUUACUUCUACUCCUGUAAGAAAAAUUCGCAUGUACGAAAAGCAACCUUUAUCACGUACAGGACUGCAUCGAGAACUGGCCUUUGAUGACAGUGUGGAGACAUCUUCAUCAUCUCCAGAGCUGUCAGCAAGUAUGGAAAAGUGUCGUGCAGAAUUACUGAGUGAUGACAGUCAUAGUGAACCCAGGCUAAGAGAUUUUGCAGAUGAUCAACUAGAACUGAUGCCAGUUCCAAUCAACAAACAGCUGCGUAUCAUCACAUCUGUAGAUCGUGCACUCAAUCCAAGGAGACGGUGCUUGUCCAUGUCCUCUAAGCCAGAUCGUGUCUUAGGCUAUGGGCGUUCCUCUUCAGAGAAUCUUGAACAUGUUGUGUUUUUGGAUUUCCUGAAGAAGCACAAAAUGGCGCCUUACCUCAACAACUUCCCAUCUAGCAUGACCAUGGCAGACUUCAGACUGGUUACAGAAGAAGAGUUGUUAGAAGUGUAUGGAGUAUCAGACGCAGAAACUAGGAAAAAGAUAAUGAACAUUGUGGAAGUGGCCAAGGAGGAAUAUGAGAGUGAUAUGGAUUCUUCGACCGAGUUCGGCAGCAUCGGACCGACAUCGCCCUUGCCGUCGCCUUUGUUGCGAAAGUGCCGGGACGACCUACCGUUCAGUGUUCCUGCCUCGCUGAGACGGCUGCACCGGACUUUGUCCGAGGAUACAAAGCAACGGCGCCGUGAAAGUAUGCCCUCCAGCCCCACCGUUGCCCAGCCUCCACCCCCGCCCAUCAGUCACAGUGCUGGCGCUUUGAUCUUGAUCGAGCCAAAUAACUUGCUGCGCAUGCGAAGCUCCACGCUUGGACAGUCGGCGCCGUCACUGACCAACAGUCUUAAAGAUCUAUCUGUUUCUCGUCGUAACAGUCGCAAUUAUGGGCGUAAAGCUGCAGUUGCCACAAAUACGUCUCCCACUCUGACACAUCGGUGCCCUUCUCCCCAAGUAUCUGCUGGAAGUCCACAUGAUAGCCCAAGGAACCUAUCGCCCAACCAGCAUGUCAACUUUGCUUUCCAGGCCAUCAGAAAAUGUGAUGGACGUAGAUGGUCCUUUGCUUCUAUUCCUUCAUCUGGGUACGGCACUAACACACCUGGCAGUUCCUCAAAUGUAUCACAAGGUAUGGUGUUGCAGUCGCGGUACUCGUCCCAGGAGCGGUUGCACCAGUUGCCAUCGCAGCCGACGGCAGAGGAGCUGCACUUCUUGUCGCAUCACUUUGGAAGUUCCGAGAACAAUGCAGUGACAGAGGAGACAGAUGGACGUUGCUCCCCUAGCAUGCGACCACGUUCACGCAGUCUGAGAUCUGUUGCAUGGAAUACUCGUUACCGACAAAUGUGCACUUCUCACAGUCCUGCUAAAUCCCCAGGAAUGGAGAGUGAAAUCAUUAUGAUGAACAGUGUCUACAAAGAGCGCUUCCCAAAGGCUACAGCCCAAAUGGAAGAGCGGUUACGUCAAUUAAUAGAAAUGAACCAGACUCUUGAUGAGGAGCAGGAAAGUGAUGCUGUGUUGAGUUUUCUGCACCACCAAGUGUUACAACUGGCCCAGGAUUGUCUGACCAAGUCUCAAGACAAGAUGGUCACCAAGACCUAUUUCUACGAACUUCUCGACAAUCUUGAAAAGCUUCUUCAGGAUGCUCGUCUUCGGUCAUUAGAUGCCUACAAAAACCUCUAUCCACUCAUCAAGCAAAUACUGCUAAUAGUUUCACGACCAAUCCGCUUGCUGGAGUGCCUGGAGUUCAAUCCUGAGGAGUUUUACAUGUUGCUGGAGGCAGCAGAAGGGCAGGCUAAACAAACCCUCAAGGCUGACAUUCCAAAGUAUAUUAUUGCCAAAUUAGGUCUCAACCGAGACCCCCUAGCAGAAAUCAGCCCCGUUGACACCACAGAUCUGCUUGAUCACAUAGAGGUGGAAAAAGAAGAGGAAGAAGAUCCAGAAUUUUUGUCACAGGAAAAAGAACUACAGAAAUUACUCAAAGCUAAACCACCAACAGAAGAUGAUUUUGAAACCAUCAAGUUGAUCAGCAAUGGCGCAUAUGCGGCUGUGUAUCUGGUGCGUCACAAAGAGACACGGGAAAGAUUUGCCAUGAAGAAGAUCUGCAAACAAAAUCUGAUGCUGAGAAACCAGUUAGAACAGGUCUUCCUGGAGCGAGAUAUCUUGUCUUUUACAGACAACCCUUUUGUUGUCAGUAUGUACUGCAGCUUUGAGACCAAGCGUCACCUUUGCAUGGUGAUGGAGUAUGUUGAAGGAGGUGACUGUGCAACAUUGCUGAAAAAUGUUGGUUGCCUGCCCCUGGAUCUGGCACGAAUGUAUUUUGCGGAGACGGUGCUGGCAUUAGAAUAUCUCCAUAGCUAUGGCAUUGUGCACAGAGAUCUCAAGCCUGACAAUUUGUUGAUUACCGCUUUAGGACACAUUAAGCUCACAGACUUUGGACUGUCCAAGAUCGGACUGAUGAGCUUGACCACCAAUCUAUAUGAAGAUGCCUUGGACAAAGACAGUAAACAGUUUCGCGAUAAACAGGUAUUUGGUACGCCCGAGUACAUCGCUCCAGAAGUCAUCCUGAGGCAGGGUUACGGUAAGCCAGUUGACUGGUGGUCCAUGGGUAUCAUUCUUUAUGAAUUUCUGGUUGGGUGUGUUCCAUUUUUUGGAGAUACCCCAGAAGAACUUUUCUCUCAAGUUGUUAAUGAGGAGAUAGAGUGGCCAGAGGAAGAAGAGUGGCAGGUUCGUGAUGACGCCAAGGAUCUCAUCCAGCAGCUUCUGACCCAUGACCUUGAGCGACUGGGCACUGCAGGGGCUCAAGAGGUCAAGGAGCAUUGCUUUUUCAAGGGGUUGGACUGGGAGUCACUUCUGCGCCAGAAAGCUGAGUUUGUGCCCCACUUAGAAAAUGAGGAAGACACCAGCUACUUUGACAGUCGGACUGAGCGCUAUAACCAUGAGAUAGACACUGAAGACACAGAGGACGAUGCUGAGGACAUAUUGUUUCACAGUUUUUCUUCUUGCUCACCGCGCUAUUCCAAGGUCUACUCUAAAAUAGAGGAGCUUCACCACGAUGAUCAGAAGUCAAAGGAUCGAAGACGGCACUCCAGUGCUGAUGACUUCAGAACCAGGGUGCUAGAGAAACAGGCACUGGAACGCAAAGACUCAAACCAUUCUGAAAGCUCAGAGGGCUCACUCGAGCUGCGGCCAAUUCUCAGGAAAGAUAGUUCUUAUUCAGACUCUACUGACAAACCUGAUGGAACAAAGCUUGAAGAAGAUGUCUUCAAAACAGCUGACAGCUUACACCAAGCACGUACAGGAGGUGGAACCAGCAUGUCUGACUCUUCGCAGACUGACAGUGACACUUGCAAUUCUCCCUCCUUGUCUCGUGCUAAGGCGCCUGUCAAAAACAUCCCCAAAUUUGCCAUCUUUUCAGAGGAAGAAAAGUCAGCAAGCCCAAAAGAGCUAUCACCUGUGGAUGAAGAUCGUGAAAAAGAGAAAAACCAAGGCCGUCGGCACCAUAGCACAAAGGAUAAGCCAAACAUGCAGAAAUCGGCAUCAGCUAGUGCACUCACACUUCUCAACGUUUCUGGUGGAGAUCAUGAUUUCAUGAUACCAUCAGUGACCUCUCCUGGUGGAUCUAGUACUAGUUCUCGUGAUGGCUCCCCAUCCCGUGACCUUUCCCCCCUCACUCACAACCUCAAUCCUCCCAUUGUGCUCAAGCGAGGCCCCAGAGGUUUUGGCUUUGGCUUCCGUUCUGUGCGGGUGUUCAUUGGAGAAUCAAAUAUCUACACACUACAGCACAUUGUCACUGAUGUAGGGAUGAAUACUCCAGCAUUUGAGGCAGGCUUGAGACCAGGUGACCUAAUCACACACAUCAAUGAUGAGUCAGUACAGAGCCUGCUUCACACCCAGGUCGUACAUUUGUUAGCAAGUGCAACAGUGGCGAAUGUGCGGUGCGUGCCACUCGACAAAACCUCUAUCAAGACGGGAUCAAGACCCAAAGGUGCUGCGCCUGGAAAAAUGGCCCGUAAAGCCAUCAAAAAGAGGCAGGUUCGAGAAAAGGGAGCCGAGAAGAAGAAAGCACCCCGCACACUUCUGCGUCGCCUCAGCAGCAAGAAAGCGGAACCACUGGCGGCGAUUCAUGGUGCUCACAUGGGACCUUCACCUCCGACUCGCACGUUCAGCCCUUUGACUCGCUCAGCUUCAUCAGGGGAAGGAAGUCCUUGCAUCCACAAGACAGGCCGCUCUCCGCCAAUCACCGUUCCUUGGUCACCUGAUUCUUCUCAGGCCAACAGUUCCAAUAGCAGCUCUCCAGGCUCCAGCGUUCCCAACUCGCCAGCAGCUGCAUCAGCCCACUUUGGUCGCCCAUGCUCUCUGCACGUGGCAAAGCACAAGAAGACUCCAGCUCUCAAGUCACCUCAUCGGCGCAAGUCUGUCCACAAUUUUCCCCUCAGCCCACUGGCCCGAACCCCAUCCCCCUCUAAUGUUGCUUCUUCCCCUGCACGGUCACCCAGUCCCUUAGCAGGCAUCCAAGGUCAUCAGGUAGGCAGCUCUAACAUGCCACAGCAGACUAUCCCAGCAUACCUCAAUGCUCCCAAUGCGCCCCCCAACCCACACAUCCUUGCAACUGCAGCUUGUAGCAGCAAGCAGGCCACAGUUUCUGCAUCCAAGUCUAUCAUGCGUCCAAAGAGCUGUGAACCAAGUUCCCCACUUCUUCGCCGUGCUCUUUCACCAGAGCUUUUGCAUCCUAGCUCCGCUGAGAAGCCACCAGUUACUCACACAGCGUCUGUGCCGCCAGAUAAGCCAAACAGGGCAUCGCUUUUGCGGAAAGCCUCGUUGCAAGAAAGCAAGAGUCGUUCAGACCCACCAUAGGCCAGUUCAUGUCAGGUUUUGCUGUUGAUGGGCAUUAAGAGCCGGGGCGAGAGAUAGGGUGGGGUGAGGGAGUUGGACUGGCUGCGUAAAUCUUAGUAGUGGUUCAUCUGGAUAAUAAUGCAGCAGGAAAGUAUGGAGACUGUUGUGACUUUUUUUCCAGAUUACUUUUUCAAUUUCUAAAUCAGCUUCAGUGUGCUUGGCAGUGAUACAAGAUAUGCUGUACAAAACUGCUGUCAAAGAGGGCGCCUCAAUGUGACUUUAUGUAUAUAUGUGAAGCUAUUGACCGGUUUUUGCAGCUUUUAAGUUCCUGUCUGUAAAUGUAAGCUUUGCACCCUUUUGUUUGGGAAGGGAGGGAGGGUAUUUUUUUUUUGGGGGGGGGUGGAGACUUAAAUAUAGCUCAGUUUACUGGUCAUUGUUAUUCUUAGAUGUUUAUAUGUACAUGCAUAAAUUUUUGUUGUGCAAUAGACUUUCAUUAAUACAUCGAGCUUGUCAUCUUGGAGUUGUUUACAAGGGCUGAUGUACCCAGACUGCAGAAAAGCGAGACAUGGAGACCAGGCUGCUCAUGUCAGACUUGCACAAAGAGGCAUGGAUCUCGAUGCUGAAAGUUUCCAUUUUUCAUGGGUUAUGGUUACUCUCUUUGUGUGGCUUUGUCUUGUCUCCAUUCUGUUAAUUUCAGUUCAAGGAUUUGCAAGAAACAGGAAAGGGAACAAACUGUGCAAGUAACAUGUACAAUAAACAGUGGCAUGUAAAUAUGCAUCUGCAGACAUUAGACAAGAUAAUUGUCAUCAAAAUCUUCAUCUGCUGCUUGGCAGCUGCACCCAGGGGCACAAGUGUUGCACAGAACUCAGGUGCUAAAGGUGUCAUUUGAAGUUUUCUCCUUAGUAAGUUCCAGGAAUAUUUGUGUGACAUGGAAGGAGACAGCAUUAUUUGAAAGGUUUAACUUGUUCUAGAUACAACAUGCUGUACAUAUCGCUAAGCUUUGAUGGUGAAGUCUUUCAUGAUGCUGUAGGCUGUAGUCUUGUGUAGGUGCAAGGCUGCCCACUGUAUCGUACUUGUACUGUGAUUAAGCUGUGUAAAUAACUGUGUGCAUGCAUGCGUGGAUGAUAAGGGAUGAAGGUGGGGAUUCAUUCUCUGCCUACACAAAUAUUCUUUGCCCUUUAACAAGGUGCAGUUGGCUCUGCCGGUAUAAUGUAGAAACAGACAUAUAGACAGUUUGAGAGUGUACAAAUGAGGAGGAGAUGUUCAUCAGGGUAUUAUCCUCUGAUGAGAAUUGUGCAGCUGCGUAUUGCUGGUAAUUUCUAGUCAGUCUUCAUUACUGUGUGGCAACAGUGUUGUGCUGAUAUUCAGAAGCUUUGCUGGGGGAAAGUGAAAGUGUUGCUCAGCUUUGUACAACUUGAGAGACCAAGCUUAAUGUUUUAGCUUUAGUGUGUGGCCAAGGUGAUAAAGCAAAUGCUCGCAUCUAUGAUGUUAAGUACACUUCUUUCAGUCCUUGGGCAUACAACACAAAAGUGGUAAUUUAGUAGUAGAUGUUUAUUUCAAAGGAUUGCUACUUUUUUAUGUGUGCCAUAUUUUCGUCAGGAUCUGAUGUUUGUAACCAAAGUGUGCGCACCAGGGUGAAAAUGUGUGGUGAAAAUAUAAAAUACACAACACUUGUAGCAAGACCUACAUUCCAUAGCACUAUAUAUGGCUGCAUAUGCUUCUAGUAAAGUUUCACCUAUGUCUAGCCCAUGUUUUUUAGAAAAUUGAGAGGGAGGGCUGGAUCUUGCUUCAAGCUGUGUGCUUUUGGUGUUUUUUUUAAAUACCUGCUGCAGUGAAAUAAAGAUUUGUGUACACCUUUUC